CCUGGACAGUACUCCAUGGUCUGCAUUAACGAACCAGAACAGUUCAAAACAAAAAAAUACUGGAUCUGCUUAUUGCACAUGGAGCCAGUCGUUCUCUCUGCAGCCUACUCGUUGAACUCCCGUACAGGCAGCCGGACCUCUCUGGAGCUGACAAACAUGAGGCUGGGACUGACUGCUCUCCUCUGCUUCUUCAGCGUCGUGCUUCAGUGCGACUGCACUCCUCCGACUUGCUACUCCAGAUCGCUUAGCCUGAGCAAAGAAAUCAUGACCCUGCUGGACAAGAUCCACAAUUCCAGUCGCACCAAAGCGUGUGCUGAAGUUCUACCUGUCAUCCACAUUGAUGUGCAUAAUGCAUGCAUCACCAACAAACUGCGUGACCUUCUCUACGUGUUGCUGAACCAUCCCGGCCAGAGCUGCAAAGAGAAGCCCAGAAUGGUCCAGUUGAAGCGGAAAACCCAGAACCUGUUCGUCAUCAUCACCAGAAUCUGUUACCGGGACUUGGUGUUUUUCACAGACGACUGUGAGGCCAUCGACACCGGACGCAGCAGCCCAAACCUGGCUGAAGACAGGCUGCAGCUGCUGCAAGAGGACAGAUGAGACAGCUCACACUCAUUCACAGACAUAUACCUUCGUAGAAAUCUAUUGUAUCCAAAUGUAGAGCAGUAAAAGCAAGCAUAUACCGCCGAAGACGAGGCUGUUUAACGUCCUGUAUGUUCGCUGGCUGAGGGCUGGGCGACAGGCUGCAUGUCGGGGGACACGUGUGGUCACAUUCCACCAGCAGGCGGAGAACUUUCCACAGGAAAUUAGCUGAAUACCAGCCAUGCCGAUGAAAACCUUCAAAUAAUAAACCACUACAAGGUCCUUGUGUGUGCAGAGUUGACCUCUCCUUAUUUACCAGGGUUGAUCAAAGGUUUGUGUGCAAUUAGCAGGAAUAGAUUGUGUUACUGGGAGCUCCCAAGUAACACAACUGUGGAGUUUUCUUUCUCCUUCUUGUGCCGUUUGUAUCUCUGAAUGUUCUUGAUUAGGUUUUACAUCUAAGGAGCUCUGAUGUUUCUGCUACUUUGUUAUUAUGAGUAAUAAUAAGUACAACGACUGUUCACAUAAAUAUGUGUACAUUCGCAAUCAGUAGAGGUUGUUAUUCUUUUCAAUUAAUAAAAAAGUUCUU